ACGUCUCCCUUUUAUAACCUCAAAAAUGCGCGAGAAGUAAUAGUUCUAUAGACAAAUUUAACUAUUUUUCCUGUUUAAUUGGUGUUAUAGUGAACGUACAUACAAAAUGCCGUUGAAGAAGAGAAAAUACAAUGCUAGAUUCCCACCAGGACGUAUCAAGAAGAUAAUGCAGACGGAUGAGGAGGUGGGGAAAGUAGCACAGGCAGUCCCCAUCAUAAUUUCGCGCACCUUAGAGUUGUUCGUGCAAUCAUUGCUGACUAAAGCGAUGCACGUGACCUUGAACAGAAACGCUAAGACCCUGAGUCCGUCGCACGUGAAGCAAUGCAUCCUGGCUGAAUCCAGAUUUGACUUCCUGAAGGAUCUGGUUAAAAAUAUACCAGAUGUAUCAGCGGCGGAAGAGAAAGAGAUGAUGAGUGCUGAAAGCUCGCCGAAUUCUUCAAGAUUUUCAGACGUCUCUGUACCGCCGCGGAGGAUAGGCAGGGAGGACUCCAACAGCUCGAGCAGUUGCGACGUCAAAGUUCCAAUAACCCCGACAAAUCUCAUCCGAGAUCCGUUGAAGCGAGCCGUCUCCUCGGAAACCGAGAUCCCGCCGAAGCCAGCGCUCCCAACGAUAACGUCCAACGACGUAGCGAUAGAUCUAUCCAAGAAGUCGGUGGAAGAGAAACGUCCAGUGCGGACGGCGAACUUCUACCAGGAGACGCUCUCCGACGAGACGGAGCAUCGGAGCGUCAUCACCGUGAACCCGACGUACUCCAGUCCGCAGCCGUCGACGAGCUACACGAAAUUAAAACCAAUAGAACUCCCGCAUAAGGUCGAAGUUGUCGUGCCAAAAAAGUUUACUGUGUUACCGUCUAUGCCUAAGACACCGGUGACGCCGCGAACGCCCGUCACCCCGAUACUAAACAUAGAUUUUACCAAAAACAUAGCGAAUCCAGAAAUUAAAGUUCUAGAUACGGCCGCGGCGAACAUAAUCGCGGUGCCGAAGAACGAAAGGAAAUACUUGCACAGGCAGAAUUCUAAACCUAGAGACGUCAAGAGAUUCGAAACGCGAUCGGUCCCCACGCAGGCGCAUCCAGUCGAUUUAGAUCACUUGAAUUCCGGGAAUCUACAGAUCGACGAAGACUACGAUACCUGAAUUAUAACUUUAAUACACACAUAUGACGUGUCUGCUGAACAUACAAUGAUGCGGUACGCGUGGAUGGCUCCAUCCACUUCUGUGUACGGACAACACCACUUAACACCAGAAGAGCUGUCAAUUAGGCUGCCCAACCCAUAAAAGAAUCGUUUCGGAACAGACAGACACAUCUAGUUGAUUUUGAUAUUAAUAUAAAUACGUAGAGUCGUGUAAAAGCCAAAAUGUGUUUUCUGUAUGUAUGAAUGUAACUUAAUAGAUAAAAUAGCUUUAUAAGUCCGUUAUAAAAAUAUUGUCUAUAGUCGCAUUUUUUAUUAGACGAAGUCAACUGACGUUUCCUGUGUUGUCAGUUUUUG